AUGGCUGAAGAUACCGUGGCCCAGAUCAUCGUCAACAGUCUCUACAAUGCCGGCGUCCGCGUCGUCUUUGGCGUGCCCGGGGCCAAGAUCGACCAGGUGUACGAUAGUCUCCAGGACCACCCGGAAAUCAAGCUGAUCGUGGCGCGGCACGAGCAGAAUGCCGCCAUGAUGGCCGCCGCCGUGGGUAGGAUUACGGGGACUCCAGGCGUCUGCAUCGCCACUUCAGGUCCAGGAGCUUCGAAUCUGGCCACGGGCCUUGUCACGGCCACCACGGAGGGCGACCCGGUGGUUGCGCUCAUUGGAUCGGUGCCCCGAGCCAUGAACACGCAUCGCACCCACCAGAACAUGAAGGCGCUCGACAUUCUGGGGCCGACGUCCAAGUCGGCUGUCAACGUGGACGUCGAGGACCAAGCGGCAGAAGUGGUAUUGAACGCUUUCCGAACCGCAGCCACCCCCCACAAAGGUGCCACUGUCAUCGCCAUCCCUCAAGAUGUGGCUAAAGGCAAAUCUAAGAUCCUGCCCUUCCCGUCCACCGCCUUCGACCCUCCGAGCUACGGGCCGGCGCCCACCAGCCGCCUCGAGUUCGUGGCAAAACUGGUCGAGAGUGCUCGACUGCCUGUCCUAUUCCUCGGCAUGAGAGCCAGCAGCCCCAAGGUCGUCGACGCCGUCCGCCAGCUGUUGUCCAGAAUCCCGCUCCCGACGGUCGAGACGUUCCAAGCCGCCGGAGCAGUGCCCCGUGAACUCGUGCAUCUCUUCUACGGCCGAGUUGGCCUGUUCCGGAACCAAGUCGGCGACAAGCUGUUGGCGAAAUCCGACCUCGUUCUCGCCGUCGGUUAUGAUCCCGUCGAGUACGAUGCCUCGGCGUGGAACCCGUCCGGCGACCGCAGGAUUGUUCAUAUUGAUUUCGAUGCCUCCGACUACGGCGUCUACUACAAACCCGUGUCCGAGCUGGUGGGAUCCAUCGCCGAAAACAUCCUGUACCUGUCCCAGCACCUGGAAGCCAUCUCGGAAUCCUCAAUCUCCGAACUCUGUCAGGAUCUCACAGAGGAAUACAAGUCAUGGCAGAUCCGGCCCGAGGUCAAGCGCACUUCAGGGCUUGUCCAUCCAUUGCAGUUCAUCACCGUUCUGCAGGGUCUGGUGUCCAAGGACACCACCGUCUGCGUCGAUGUCGGCUCGGUCUACAUCUAUAUGAUGAGACAUUUUUUCGCAUACGAGCCUCGUCGUCUACUAUGUUCGGAUGGCCAACAAACUCUCGGCGUCGCCUUGCCCUGGGCAAUCGCAGCCUCUUUGACCCAGGUUCCACCGUGUUCGGAGAAAGUGGUGUCGCUCAGUGGCGACGGCGGCUUCAUGUUUUCGUCCCAGGAGCUCUCGACCGCGGUGCAACAAAAAUGCAACAUCACGCACUUCAUCUGGAACGACGAGUCGUUCAAUAUGGUCGAGUUCCAGGAGGUGAUGAAAUACGGGCGCAGCAGCGGCGUCAAGCUCGGCGGCGUCGACUUUGUCAAGUUCGCCGACAGUUUCGGCGCGAAGGGCUUCCGCAUCAGCGACUCGUCGCACGUCGAGAGUGUCAUCAAGGACGCCCUGCAGUAUGAUGGUGUUUCGCUAGUCGACGUCGCCAUUGACUACAGUGGCAACCUGGAACUGGCGCAGAAUAUCAUUGCCGAAGAGUGGAAUUGA